AUGAUGCACCCUGAAAUUCUCGAAUCCUCAUCAUGGUCUUCAAUCUACGAAGUCAAUAGCUCAACUAUUGGUCAUCAAUUUGAGCACUAUGGCUUUGAAGUUGAUGCCCAUGUGGGUGUUUCAGUAUUCAAUUCCUUGUUCAACACUCCAGAGAACACUUCCUCGGAAACUUCCAUAAACACUUUACCUUCAAUCAUGUUCACAAAUGAAUAUGAUCAUUUUUUACACUACCAAAUUGAAAAAGACACCCUUCAACUCCCAACAUUGAUGGACGUCUAUGGUUUGUCUAUGGAUUGUGAUGAUUUUGAUCCCAUCUUAAGGGAUCAUCAAGAAAGUGAAGGAGAUUGGAGUCCUACCCCAUCUUUGGACUCAGAUUUAUCAUCAAAUCAAAAAGCACUUACCUUGCCUCAACAAGGCAUGGAAAUUGAAAACCAAGUGAGUCUUCCACACAUGUUGGAGGCCCUUGGAGAAGCCAUAUAUCAAGGGAAGAAAGCACUAAAAGAAGUGAUCUUGAGAUGCAUGAGGCAGAAAGUUAGUCCACUUUAUGAACCUCUUGAGCGUGUUGCUUUCUAUUUGUGCCAAGACAUGGAAACAAGACAAGAUGAUUUUUAUCUCAAACAAGAGGCUUCCAAGAACUUUGAGGCAGCGUUUAAGGCCUUCUACCAAGGCCUCCCACAUGGAAAAGUUGCUCACUUUGUGGCUAAUUUGGCAAUUCUUGAGGCCUUGCCCCAUGAUUCUGAAGUCAUACACAUAGUGGAUUUUGACAUGGGAGAAGGGUCUCAAUGGCCUCCAUUGAUUGAGUCCAUUGCAACCCUUCGCAAAACAUUGAAGUUGACAGCAAUCAAACGGGGAGAGGAAGGUUCCGAGGUUGUUUCCUCUCCAUGGAAAUUUGAGGAAAUUAAAAGGGUGCUUCAUGAGCAUGCUAGAUCUCGUGAUUUGAAGUUGAUGGUGGAGGAGAAGGAAAUGGAGGAAGUGAUUAGUGAGCUUAAGAAAAUUAACAAAAGUGUUGGAAGUGGAAAGAGAGAUUUUUAUGCCUUCAAUUGCAUGGUGGGUCUUCCUCACAUGGGGAGAGGGACUAGUAGAAGGCAUGCCACGGAGUUUCUAAAUUUGAUCAAGAGUUGUGGAAGCAGGGGAAUUGUCACUUUUGGAGAUGCAAGAGUUUGUGAGAAGUUGGAAAAUGACUUGGAAUUCGUGUCAUUCUUUGAGAGGCAUUUGUUGCAUUACAAGGCCUUGUUGGAGUCAAUUGAAUCACAUUUCCCAAACCAUUUCACAGAUGCAAGAAGUGCCAUGGAGUGCCUAUUUGUGGCACCAAAUAUCUCUUCCCUUGCUUGGUUGCAAAAGUGGGAAGAGAUCAAAGAGGAGUCGGAGUCCUAUUUUCAGGCAGAUAUUGGCUUAGAGGGUUUGAGAUUGAGCAAUGCAAUUUUAAUGGAAGUCGGAGAGAUGUUGAGUGGAAGUGAACAAGGUUCAUAUCAAGCCAGGAUUGAAGGACAGAAUGACAAUCAAUUGACUUUGGAAUGGAAAGGAACCCCUCUAGUAAGAGUUUCAACUUGGAGAAAGAUCAAAGGCCAAUGA